AUGGCCGAGCAUUAUGACGCUGUUGUGAUCGGAGGUGGCUUUGCAGGUAUCUACCAUCUGUACGUGCUCCGUAAGCUUGGCUUCAAGGUGCACCUCUUUGACGCUGCUUCGGACUUUGGUGGUAUCUGGAGACUCAACUGCUACCCUGGCGCAAGGGUCGACAGCGAGGUACCCCUCUACGGCCUCUCCUUCCCCCAAGUUUGGAAGUCGUGGAACUUCUCGUGCAAAUAUCCCGACUACAAAGAGCUCCGCCAGUACUUCAACCACCUCGAUGACAAGCUCGAUCUCCGCAAGGACUGCAGCUUCAACCACCGUGUCCGCAGCUCUCACUGGAACGACAGUGCCCAGCUGUGGACCGUCACCGCUGGCCCAAGCGAGCAGCAGGCACGCAAGGUCACAGCUCAGCACGUUAUCUUCUGCCUCGGCUUCGCUGCCAAGGUCAACAUCCCCAAGAUCCCAGGCAUGGAGAAGUUCAAGGGUCAGAUCAUUCAUACUGGCGAGUGGGACGAGUCCAUCGACUGCACUGGCAAGAAGGUGGCUGUCGUCGGCACCGGUGCUUCGGGUAUCCAGGUCAGCCAGGAGAUCGGUCCCAUCGUAGACCGUCUCACGGUCUUCGUCCGCACUCCUAACCUUGCUCUUCCCAUGCGACAACAAAAGCUCGACGCCAGCGCACAGGAGGCCUUCAAAGACAUCUACCCCGAGAUCUUUGAGAAGCGCAAGAAGACCUUUGGUGGCUUCCACUACGACUUUGAUCAGCGUGAUGCCAUGUCGGUCUCUCGCGAGGAUCGUGAGAAGUUGUGGGAGGAGCUCUGGGCUCGUGGUGGUUUCCACUUCUGGCUGGAGACCUUCCACGACCUCUACAGCGAUAGGGAGGCAAACAAGCACGCAUACCAGUUCUGGCAGAGGAAGGUCGCUGAACGUAUCAGUGACCCCAAGAAGCGCGAAAUCCUGUGUCCCAAAGAAUGGCCUCACACUUUCGGCACUGUUCGACCUUCACUCGAGCAGAACUACUACGAGGUGAUGAACCAGGACAACGUCGAGAUUGUCUCGAUCAAGCGUAGUAGCGAUGAGGACAUCAAGGAGUUCACUGAGAAGGGCAUCCUACUCAACAGCGGACGAGAGAUCGAGCUUGACCAGAUCAUCCUCGCCACUGGAUUCGACACUCACACCGGUGGCUUCAAGCAGAUCGACAUUCGAGGAAAGAAGGGUCUUGCCUUGACGGAGAAGUGGUGCCAGGGUUGCAACUCGCUUAACGGUCUCAACACUGCUAAAUUCCCUAACCUUUUCUUCUUGUACGGCCCCCACGGUCCCACAGCUUACUCGAACGGUCCAUCAACCGUUGAGAUCCAAGCCGAGUGGGUGUGCAAUUUCAUCAAGUACAUGCGUGACAACAACAUCCGAUACUUUGAUGCUCAGGAAGACGCAGAGGCCAAGUUCGGUGAACACAUCAACGAGCUUUCGGCCAAGACGCUCUUCCAUGAAUCGCAUGGUUGGUAUAUGGGCCGAAACAUUCCUGGCAAGCCGGUCCAGGCUUUGAACUUUACCGGCGGCAUCCCGAUGUACGUUCGCGAGCUGGUCGAGUGCCGACAGGCCGGAUACGCCGGCUACGACCUCGUCAAGGCUUAG